AUGAGAGCGGAAGGUCGCAUCGAAGGGAUGCCAGGCAUCCGAGGUCUUUUGUUCGCCUUCUGGUGCCUCGAUGUUCUCGCGGUCUGUGCGAUGGGCAACGAUCAAGCGAUCGACACUGUCCCGAGGACACUGUCCAGGCGCAAGAGGUAUUUGAUCUUUCCGGAAGGCAGUAAUCUGCAGUUGGUGUUUUGUUUAACGGUGGGAACCUACGCGAAAGAGAACGACGUAGUGAUGGGAUUAACUGCAGCUCUAGCCUGGGAAUUGCCGAGCACAGUCGACAAGAAGGUCUCGCAGUUGCUUCAUCGAAGAAGCAGAAGCGUUAUGUUCCCGAAAAUAGAGGCUUUAUUGCAAUCCACUGGUCUAGAUGGGAAGGCUUGCGUAUUGAGAGCUUUAUGCGAGGCUGCACAGAGAGAUCCUUCAGAUCUGGGAAACGGAAGUCUAGUUCAGGAGCUGCUGCACGCCAUUUUUACGUUACCCACGGACGGCGGGCGUUUCGAACGAUCGGAGGACCAGGCUUAUGAGCACGCGUACCAGGCCAGGGAGGAUUGCGGCCAUCUUUAUCCGACCUGCCGCUAUUCCAUUUACGAGCUCGAGUUCUGA